CAGCGCCCGAGAGAGAGGGAGGGAGAGAAACAAAGAGUGUGAGAGACAAGGGUGGGGGGAGAAAGAGAGAGACAUAGAGACAAAAGAAAGCAAUGCCAACGCUCUACUCCAACCUGCCGCCUGCAGGGCGCGAUUCCCUCGAGCUCGCCUCGCUCGCCAGCUCCGACCAGGGUUCCACCGCCAGCGACGGCGACGUCUCCUCGCGGCCGAGCAUAUCCUCCUCGAGGCGCGCCUCCCUCGAGCGCGACGAUCCCCUCGACGCCGACAACCCCGCCGCCGCCUACGGCCACGACGACCAUGACGGCGACGCGGCGACCCACGGCCGCGGCCGGCCCGCGCACCACCCCCGCUCCUUCUCCGUCUCGUCCACCUUCGACUUCGCCGCCAACCUCUUCCCGCUCUCGAGCACCGCCGGCGUCGCGGGGGCCGGCGGGUACGCCCCGCUCGGCCCGUCCGGACCCUCUGGGGCGGGGGGCUACUAUGCCGGGGUGCUGGGCCGCAGCAGGGGCCUUGGGGGUGGUGCCGGGGCCGGGGGCGCCGGCGGUCUCGGCGGGUCGCUGGAGAAGCACAAGACGCUGACGUACCUGAACGGGCUGUCGCUGAUUGUGGGGCUGAUCAUCGGGUCCGGCAUCUUCUCGUCGCCGAGCCAGGUCAACUCGCACGCCGGGUCGCCCGGCGCCGCCCUGAUUGUCUGGCUGGUGGCGGGCAUCCUGGCCUGGACGGGGGCGGCGAGCUACGCGGAGCUCGGCGGCGCGAUCCCGCUCAACGGCGGGCCGCAGGUGUACCUGUCCAAGAUCUUUGGCGAGCUGGCCGGGUUCCUGUUCACCUGGGUGGCCGCGCUGGUGCUCAAGCCCGGCAGCGCCGCCAUCAUCGCCAUCAUCAUGGGCGAGUACCUGGUGCGAGCCGUGAUCGGGGCCGAGGCGGAGACGGUAAACGUCUGGGUCAACAAGUCGGUCGCUCUGGUCGGCUUGGCCCUGGUCACCUUUCUGAACUGCGUCUCGACGCGGCUGGGGACGCGCCUGAACGACAUGCUCAUGUUUCUAAAGUUUGUUGCAUUGCUCGGCGUUACGGUUAUCGGCAUUGUGGUGGCUGCGACCGGCUUCUCGUCCUCGGGGCAGGCGAACAGGGAUUGGAAGGACCACCCGUGGUUCGAGGGCACCAAGAUGGAUGCGUCGGCGUGGGCCGUGGCGUUGUAUGCGGGUCUGUGGGCGUUUGACGGGUGGGAUAACACAAAUUACGUAGUAGGCGAGUUCCGCAACCCUAGCCGGGACCUGCCGCGGGUCAUCCACACGGCCAUGCCGCUGGUGAUCACGAGCUAUCUCCUGGCCAACAUCGCCUACUUCCUCGUCCUCCCGCUCGACACCAUCAACUCGACCAACACGGUGGCCGUCAUGUUCGGGGCCAAGGUGUUCGGCCCCGCCGGCGCGCUGAUCCUCGCCCUGAUCGUGUCCGCCUCGUGCCUGGGCGCGCUCAACAGCUCCACCUUCACCAGCAGCCGGCUCGUCUACGUCGCCGGCAAGGAGGGCUACAUCCCGUCCCUCUUCGGCCGCCUCGGCGCCGGCACGGGCGUCCCCGCCGGUCCGGAGCUCUCGGCCGGCCCGCGGACGGCGCGGUCCCGGCUCGCCAGCAGGCUGGUCGCCCUCGUCGGGGACGAGGACACGGGCCUGUUCUUCACGCCGAUCCCGGCCCUGAUCCUCAACGCGCUGCUCACGACCGCCUACAUCGCCGUGGGCGAGUUCGGCACGCUCGUCACCUUCUACGGCGUCGCCGGGUACACCUUCUACUUCUUGACCGUCCUGGGCCUGAUCGUCCUGCGCGUCCGCGAGCCCAACCUGGAGCGCCCCUACCGCACCUGGAUCACCACCCCCAUCAUCUUCUGCUGCGUCAGCCUGUUCCUGCUGAGCAGGGCCGUCUUCUCGCAGCCGCUGCAGACCCUGAUCGUGGUGGGGUUCGUCGUCGCCGGCGUGCCCGUGUAUUACUGGAGGGUACGGGGCCGAGGGCGGGGGCGGGGGCGAGUGGGGAAGAGGGAGCUCGGCGGGAGGGAAGAAGGGAGGAGGCCGUGGUGGAAGUUUUGGCAAAGGAGGUAGUAGCCGGACGCCCGGCGGCGGCGGCGGCGGGCAGCUCUGAAUCUUGUUUCAGUCGAU